AUGGCUGAUGAAGACAAAGGAUUGGUCGCUGGACAUCCUCCAGCAGUGAAGGCAGGUGGAAUGCGCAUCGUGCAGCAUAAGACUCCGAACAGCGAAAGGCCAGCAAAAGAUCCGGUCGAGGUCAUUGGGCUUUCGAAUCCAUCACCGAACGUAAACACCGGGGAGGUGGUUCAAUCGGCAACAAAUGCGAAGCAUACCGACCAUUCCGUCGAGGCAUCGCAAGUGGCCCAUGCCCAGAAACCUCCGGCACCUGUGCACAGCAAGCCUGUGAAUCACAUCCAGCAACCUCGGAAGUGA